CCCAGCUCCCAGAGGCGCUGCCAUCAGCCCUAGCUGGUCCGCACCAUGGCCACCUGCUGGCAGGGCUUGUGGGCCUAUCGCUCCUACCUGCUUGUGCUCUUCCUGCCCAUUUUCCUGCUGCCUCUGCCCAUCCUCGUCCCCACCAAGGAAGCCUACUGCGGCUAUGUCAUCAUCCUCAUGGCCCUCCUCUGGUGCACUGAGGCUCUGCCCCUGGGGGUCACUGCCCUCCUUCCCAUCAUCCUGUUCCCCAUGAUGGGCAUCAUGGAUGCCUCUGAGGUCUGCAUCGAGUACCUGAGUGACACCAAUAUCCUGUUCAUUGGGGGGCUGCUGGUUGCCAUUGCUGUGGAGCACUGGAAUCUGCAUAAACGCAUCGCCCUCCGCGUGCUCCUCAUCAUUGGGGUGCGGCCUGCCCUGCUGAUCCUGGGCUUCAUGGUGGUCACAGCCUUCCUGUCCAUGUGGAUCAACAACACAGCUACCACAGCCAUGAUGGUGCCCAUCGCACACGCUGUCCUGGAGCAGCUGCACAGCAAUCCCACCAGCAAGGACGUGGAGGAGGGCAGCGACAACCCCACUUUCGAGCUCCAGGAACCAAGUGGCCAUAAGGAAGUGACCAAGCUUGAUAAUGGGCAGGUCCCCACGACCCUGCCUGCUCCUUCUGGGCCACGGGUACAUCACAACAAGGAGCAGCUUCGCUUCACCCAGGGCAUGAGCCUGUGCGUGUGCUAUUCGGCCAGCAUCGGGGGCAUAGCCACGCUGACUGGCACCUUGCCCAACCUGGUGCUGCAAGGCCAAGUCAACUCGCUCUUCCCCCAAAAUGCCAACAAGGUAAACUUUGUCUCCUGGUUCGGCUUUGGAUUCCCCACCUCGAUCAUCUUGCUGCUGCUGGCCUGGCUGUGGCUGCAGAUCGCCUUCCUUGGGUUCAACUUCCGGAAGAACUUCGGCAUUGGGGGAGAGGUGCGAGAGCAAGAUCAGGCAGCCUACCGCGUCAUCCAGACAGAGCACAGGCUGCUGGGCCCCAUGACCUUUGCAGAAAAGGCUGUCACCAUCCUCUUUGUUGCCCUGGUGCUGCUGUGGUUCACCCGGGAGCCAGGCUUUUUCCUUGGCUGGGGCAGCCUGGCUUUUCCCAACGCUAAGGGGGAAAGCAUGCUGUCCGAUGGAACAGUGGCCAUCUUCAUCAGCAUAAUUAUGUUCAUCGUGCCCUCCAAGAUCCCAGGGCUGACCCAGGACCCAGAAAAUCCAGGGAAGCUGAAGGCCCCUCCUGCCCUCCUCAACUGGAAGACGGUGAAUGAGAAGAUGCCCUGGAAUGUCGUGUUCUUGCUGGGUGGUGGCUUUGCCCUGGCCAAGGGCAGUGAGCACUCAGGCCUGUCAGAGUGGCUGGGGGAGCAGCUGACCCCACUGCAGAAUGUACCAGCUCCUGCCGUUGCCUUCAUCCUCUGCCUUGUGGUUGCCACCUUCACUGAGUGCACCAGCAACGUGGCCACCACCACACUCUUCCUGCCCAUCCUGGCUUCCAUGGCUCAGGCCAUCUGCCUCCACCCGCUCUAUGUCAUGCUGCCCUGCACUCUAGCUUCCUCCCUGGCCUUCAUGCUGCCUGUGGCCACCCCACCCAAUGCCAUUGUCUUCUCCUUCGGGGGCCUCGAAGUGUCUGAUAUGGCCCGGGCGGGAUUCCUGCUCAACAUCAUCGGGGUGCUGGUCAUCAUGCUGGCCAUCAACAGCUGGGGCUACCCCGUCUUCAACCUGUACACCUUCCCCUCCUGGGCCCACGUUGACAACACCACAGCCCACUGCCAGCCCAACUUCACGAUGCCCCAACCCUAGACCAGGGAACAGCCUGGCCAAACCCAGAAGGACCCGCUCGCGUUCCCUCU